AUGGAUAGAAUAGAGUUUACUGUGAACAAGAAAAAAUAUACCGUGGGCCAUGAAGUAGACUCAGAUGUGACAAUAAACGACUAUCUCCGUAAACAUCUCAACUUGAACGGCACCAAGUACAUGUGUCAGCAGGGGACCUGCGGUGCUUGUAUUGUUAAUGUUACCAACAACGACAUUUAUGGACAUCGACGGACAUUUUCUGUUAACUCUUGUUUGGUCUCUAUAACUCAAUGUGAUGGUUGGGAUAUCACGACUAUAGAAGGUGUUGGUGACCGUCAAGGUUAUCAUCCAAUACAGAAGACUCUAGCGGAAUACAACGGCACACAAUGCGGCUACUGUAGUCCUAGUUGGGUCAUGAGUAUGUACAGUUUACUUGAAGAAAAUAAUUAUAAAUUAACUAAAUACCAAAUAGAAGAUUCUUUUGGCAGCAAUACAUGCAGAUGUACAGGAUACAGACCAAUACUUGAUGCUUUCAAAAGUUUUGCCCACGAUGCUCCUGAACCAAACCUCACUGACAUCGAAGAUUUGAAAAUUUGCAGUGAUAAAGAUAAAUGUGAACUAACACUUGAUAAUAACUGGUGUUUAUUACAUAAAGAGAAUAUUGCUCGUAAGAAUAAAAAAAUACUUUUAAAAGAUGAUAGAAUCUGGUACAGGGUUAAUGAAAUACGAGAUAUAUUUGAAGUGUUUAGUACUGAAGGAACAAACUCUUAUAUGCUAGUUAAUGGAAAUACUGGACGAGGUAAGUUAAAAUAA